CCGCCUCGAGCUCCCCUCGCCUCCACCUCGUCACUGCCUCGCCUCGCCGGGAGCUGCCGCCCCCGCUGGCGAGCACCUUCACCAGGCCGCCUCCGGCCAGGAACCACAUGACGCCGCUGCAGACCCAGCCAUGGAGCCAUGGAUGCCGCCCUCUGCAGCUCCGUCGCCAAGACCGUGGGCCACCGCGUCCGGAGAUGGCCGGAUCUACCCCGGCCCGACGGCUUGCGCUUUCUUCCGCGUCCUCCCCAUCCCGCCACUGCCGCGUCCGGCAACCUCGUCUUCGCGCCUCCGCCUUGUUCCACUCGAUUUCUGCCUCCAUUCGCUGGCAAACAACAGCCUCCUUCAACCUCGUCGCCUCAAGCCCCUGCUUCGUCUCCUCCUACAUGGAUCCGUUCGCCCUCGCGUCGUUCCUGCGGGAUCAGACGCGUUCCGGCCGGGAAGAGCCCCGCCGCUGCGACCUCCUGCCUCCUGUCGCCAUGGCGCCACUGCCUUUCUUCUUCAGCGAAGGCAACAGCUCUGCAUCGAGCGCACGACCACCACGCGCGUGGGUCACUAGCUGGACUCUAGUUCAGGCCCAGCGCGCCUCCUCCCCCACCAACUUGGGCUUGGCCCAUGGUGAGGGCACCCCGAGCCCCUCCCUUUUCCCCCUCCUGUUGGGCUAGGCUGCCAGAUUCGGCAUGCAUAGUUUUUUUUAGGCUCUGUGAAUUUCUGUAAUUAUCCGGAGAGCAACAGUUUUGCAGGAAACCCCCUAGACUACAUGCAUAUAAUAACUCACAA